CACAAAUUAAAAGAUAAUAAUGCAUUAAUCCUAAUGUAAAAAUAAAUUAGAAAAAAAAUAAAAAUAACAAUGCUACAAUAUUUAGAUAUGAAGGGUGUACUCCGCAUAAAAGAAAAUUCUCUACCUAUUGAAAUUCAAUCACAAACUUACUUCCAUUAAAAUACGGAGCAAUACAAUUACUUUCCAUAAAUUAAUAUACAAUUACUCCAUCAUAUAUUCGGAUUAGGGUUCUUAUAAUAACAUCGCAACCUUUACCAUAUAACCCAAUUGGUAGUAGCUUCCCAAGAUCAGAGAAACACUUUUCAAUUAAAAAAAAAAAAAAAAAAAAUCUCGUUGACAAGCCAUGGAAUCUGAUGAUGAUAACUUGGAGUUUUACGAGAGCGAUUACGAUGAGGAAGAAUACAACUGCGGCAGUGAUUCCGACAUGGGCAAUUAUAGCUCCGUGUCGGAUGAAGAUGAGUCUAAUGUCAAUAACUAUGGUACCUUCAAGCCCAAGAAAACUUAUACAGUAUUGAAGGAGGGUGAUAUCAAGAAACAGCAAGAUCAUCAAAUUUCUCAUGCUUCUAUUGUUUUAUCUAUAUCAGAAGUUGCUGCAAGCAAGCUGCUUUAUUACUAUAAGUGGAACGUAUCUCAGCUCCAUGAUCAGUGGUUCGCUGAUGAAGAUAGAGUACGCGAUGAGGUUGGUUUGCCUAGCACAGUUGUACCCUUUUUAAACACCGAGGAAGCGAUCACUUGUGGCAUCUGUUUUGAUGUCCUGCCUCAGGAAGAUUUUUAUCCUAUGGUUUGUGGUCAUCCGUACUGUAAAACAUGCUGGAGAGGAUAUAUUACUACGUCGAUUAAUGAUGGGCCGGGAUGCUUGUCGUUAAGGUGUCCUGAGCCUUCGUGCAGAGUGGCAGUUUGUCGAGACUUGAUUGAUGAUCUAGGAACGGAGGUAGAAAGAGAGAAGUAUCAUCGGUAUUAUUUAAGGGUGUAUGUGGAGGAGAGCAGGAAAAUUAAGUGGUGUCCUAUGCCAGGGUGUGAGAAUGCAGUAGAAUUAGAGUUAGGAAAUAAUAUAUUUGAUGUAACCUGUCUUUGUUUUGGUAGCUUCUGUUGGAAUUGUGGGGAGGAUGCUCAUCGUCCUGUGAGCUGUGAAACCGUGUCUAAGUGGGUGUUGAAGAACAGCUCUGAGGCCGAGAACACAAAAUGGAUCCUAGCAAACUCGAAGCAAUGUCCAAUGUGCAAGCGCAACAUUGAGAAGAACAAAGGGUGCAUGCAUAUGGUUUGCUCUCCACCCUGCAAGUACCAGUUCUGUUGGCUCUGUCUCGGGGAUUGGAAGAAGCACGGCCAAGAAACUGGGGGUUACUAUGCGUGCAACAUAUAUAACAAUAAAAAAGAAAAAGGAUUGUUGGACGAAGAAGAAAGUAUCAGGGAAAUGGCAAAAUCAUCUUUGAAUAAAUAUGCACAUUAUUAUGAACGGUGGGCAGCUAACCAAAAGUCAAGGGAGAAAGCAAUUGAAGAUUUUAAGGCAUUAGACACUGGUAUACUGGUGAACCUUCGCAACAAGACCAAUGAAACAGAGGUACAACUCAAAUUCAUAGCAGAAGCUUGGGAACAGAUUAUAGAAUGUAGACGAGUAUUGAAGUGGACUUAUGCGUAUGGAUAUUAUUUACCUGAAGACGAGCCUGUCAAGAAACAAUUAUUUGAGUAUCUCCAAGGACAAGCUGAGGCUCAACUUGAAAAACUGCAUAACUGUACAGAGAAGGAGCUUACGAGUUUCCUUGAGAAAGAUGAUGAAGAUUUUGGAAAUUUUCGUGAGAAGCUUGUUGGUUUAACUGCUGUCACUCAAUCCCACUUCACAAAAUUAGUUGCAUAUUUUGAAACUCAGAAGUUGUAAGCUAAAUAACCUCUAAAUCAGUACUAAUAAGCUUCCCAAUAACUACAACAAUUGUUUAUGUUAUUAUUAGUUAUGGCCCUAAUUAUGAAUCUAUGAACAUAAGUCACAUGAUGCCGGAUCACAAGAAGCAACUUCAGAAACAGACUAUGAACCAGUUUUGCUUGUUUUGGACGGAUUAUCACGUUUGAUUUAUGUAUAUUGGUAGUUUUACACUUAGUCUGAUUAGGUAUUUAAUAGCAAUAGUAUGAUUUUGUAUUAUCUAUUUAGUAUACUGUUUUACAAGAUCUUGAAUGUUUUCUUUUAUCAAGUAGAUAUCCUGCAAUCAAAGAAGCUAGUUUGUUAGAUGCUUUCAAUUUUUAGUUAUAACAUUAUUAAAUUUUAAUAAUCAAGAAUUGAAAAUACUAAUGGACAAAGCUGUACGUUGUCAAGCACAAAACUUGGACAUGGCAAUUAUAUUAAAAUGGGAAGUAUGACCAAGUUUGAUGUACUUGGACUUCAUUGGAUUGUUUAUUAGUGAAAACUGCUUUAAACCAGAUUCUCAGUGAGUUUGGCUUGAAAAUUUAGGCUCUUAGUGAACUUAGACUUGAUGUUUUCA